GACGUCUGCAUUUCAGCAGUAAAAGAGAAGGACAUUGAAGCCAAAUUAAAGACAGUGAUCAAUGAUUGGUCGGCACAGAACUUCCAAUUUGCAGCCUUCAAAGCUCGGGGAGAACUUCUGCUCAAAGGGGACGCCACCUCGGAAGUUAUCAGUUUAAUGGAAGAUUCAUUGAUGGUACUAGGAUCUCUGCUUUCUAAUCGUUAUAAUGCCCCAUUCAAGCCUAAGAUCCAGGAGUGGGUCCAGAAAUUGACCAGUACUACUGAAAUCAUAGAGAACUGGCUAUUAGUGCAGAACCUCUGGAUCUACCUUGAGGCCGUUUUUGUUGGAGGAGAUAUAGCCAAGCAGUUACCGCAGGUUUGUUAA